CACACCCGGUCGGACACACUCGCGUCCGUCCUCAACCGCUUGUCCGCCGCCGCCGUUUGUCGUCGCGUGUCCGUUUUGCCAAGACUUUUGAUUAUCGUUUUUCUUUAUUUUAUUCGUGCCGCCAAAACUAUGAACAAAUAAAAUAAAGAAAUAUCGUUGUGAUUGUUAAAAUUGUUUUUCGUUUGCCCCCGGCCGCGUGUUUUGAUGCAACCCCGCAACAAUUAUAGCAACGCGGUUCGUUCGUGGUGUCGCGGCCGACAAGAAGACGACGUCUUUGCCGGUGUGCUGGCCUAGCGGGAUUCUGUCUACGCACAACUAUCACUAUAGCCGUAGUGCCCCGGCGGUGUACCGUUUUUUGUUGGUAAAUUCAAAUUAGCACCGAUCGUCUUACCGGAAAUGGCCAUGCGGUCGUUGUUGUUGGCGUCGUUUCUCGUGUUGCUGUGCCAUCGUCGGUGGGAAUGUCAAGCGCAUCCGGCUUCCGCCGAAGAAACCGUCAGCGACUGCGGUGUAGCGGUCGAACACUUCCGGUCGGUCGGACUUUACGACACUCCGCAAAAAGUCCUCAAAGGGACAGAGCUUAAAGUGUGUCAGUCGCGGCAGAGCUGUUGCGACCCGAACACCGAGACCAAGCUAAUGGAUAUGGUCGACGAGGAGUACAAGAGACAUCUGGCCGCGCAGGCCGGCUUCGUUUACGACCUGCUUAACUCCACCGCCCAUCACUUGCAAGAUCACGUGAACCACAUGAUUAGGAAAUCGAAAAGCAAAACCAUUAGAGUGCUGGCGGACGUGUACGUGAGCAUCGCCGGCCCGGCUACCGGACCCUUGGACACGUUCCACGACCGGUUGUCGCGGUACGUGCACGAGGACCCGGAAACGGUGUCGGGGGCCAGCCUGGAGGACGCCGCUUCCAGAUUGUUCACCGACCUGUUCCCGGUGGUCUACAGGACGAUCGCCGUGGCGUCCGACAAACAGGACAAGGCCGCGCAGUUCGACGGCGACUACGCGCAGUGUCUGGCCGGCAAGACGUCCGAUAUCAGACCGUUCGGCGACGUGCCGGCCACCUUGUCCAAGGACAUAUCCAGAACGUUUGCCGCCACUAACGUGCUCAUGCACGCGCUCAGGUACGGCAGCCAGCUGGUGGACGAGCAACACUCCGGGUCGUGGCUGGGAUACGGCAACAGGGACCAGUGCGUGGCGGCCAUGACCAGGAUGAGACAGUGUUCGUGGUGCGCCGGCAAGGACGCGAAACCGUGCCACGGCCUGUGCGUGAACGUGGUCCGCGGAUGUCUGGCCAGGGAGACGGCGCACCUGGAUGCGUCGUGGACCGGCUAUUACGAGGCUGUUGACCGACUGGUGUCGGCCAUUAACAACGGACAGUGUUCGGUGUGUCUGGAAGACUUGCUCAGGUCCUUACACUCGAGAAUUUCCGAGGCCAUCAUGUUCGCCAUGAACCACGCUUCCGAUAUCCAAAACAACGUGAAGUACUUCUGUGGUCCGGCCAAGUGGAACGCCCAAGCCCAGCUGAUCGAAUCCGAGCCGCCAAAAACGCCGGAAAGCCAAGAAGUGUGGAACGGCGAAGAAGAAGACUUGAGCUCAGCUCAGCUGACGGGCAAGCUGGCAAAGUUCUCCGACCCGGAGACCGCGGUCAGAGUGCGAGGCUUGUUCGCCAACAUGGCCCAAUCGGUGUGCUCCAACUACACGUCCAGUGACUGCUGGAACGGCCGGACAGUAGGAGAAUACACCGACAACGUGGUCGGGCCCCUGUUGAGCGCUCAGAUGUACAACCCGGAAUUCGAAUGGACGUCUUCCAUCAACAACCAAGACAACAAAGUGGCCGAAGUCAUUGACAAGCUCAGGCACAUCAGACAAAUGGUACUCAACCAAGUGACGUCCAGCCCGCAAUCGGAUGUCUACAUGUCGGACGAGCCUGAGGGUUCGGGCGAAGGAAGCGGUAGCGGUCCCGACAGGACCGGUUGGAGUGACGACGACGAUAACGCGGACGAGUACUCUUCCGGAGACGGUUCCGGCGAAAACCCCAUCACCACCCCUGGACCGGACGACGACUCCGAAAACCCUAGAGGUCUGCUGCCCAAGAACAAACAGAACAACAGGAUAGUGACUUCGGGCUCGGACGUCGUGAUAAACACCAAAAAGGAUGAACCGGGCGCGGCUUCGUCCAUACAAGUGUCCGUCGCGUUGCUGUUGUUGCUGACGCUGUACUCUUCUUCUUCGUACCUCCUGAUGACACCCGUUCGUUAGGAUAUAUUGUACUUUUGUUAAGUUAUUAUUAUUAUUAUUAUUAUUGUUGUUAAGUGGAAAUUCGUUCUUCAAUUUACUCGGCUUUUGUGUUGUUUUUUUUUUGUUAGGGUACCUUUCGCGAAAAAGAUAAGUUUUUUCUAAAAAAUUUUGUUUUUUUCGGGAUUACUACUUUUUUUUUUUUGUCAUUUUAUGUUUGUUUUUUUUAUUUAUGUCCUUUAGACUGAUAAAAUUCGUGUGUAUUGAUAUUAAUUAUUAUUAUUAUUUAUAUUAUAUAAAAGGCGGGAGGGAGAGGGGGGGAUGAAAAGAAGAAAAAAAAAACGGUUCGCUACGGUAAUAUCGGCGAUAUUUAUACGAUUGUUCAACCGAUGAUUCACCUAGCGCAAUAAUUUCUAACAGCAAUCGUUAAUUAUAUGAAUAUAUAUAUAUAUAUAUUUAUACCAUUAGGCUUACUAACUUUACCCAAUUUUUACAUGAUAUUAUACAUUUAACUUGUACGCCUAACAAUAUUUUUUUGAUGUUCUCGAGCAAUAAUUUAUAUAUAUAUAUAUUUUACAUAACAUUAAUAAUAACCGCGCGUCGCGACGUUCGUACGCAGUGUGUAUUUAUACAUAAUUAUAUUGUAUGUGACAAUUUAGACUAGUUCUACUUUUUUUAAAAAAAAGCAACAAUUGAUUGAUUAUUAGUCGUGUUAAAACUGGUUUUACUACACAUUAAUUAUUAAUUUAAUAAUAAAAAAAAAAAUCGAAAUUGAUUAAAAAUUAUUCGACUGGCGGUUUUUGACUUUUUGUUUUAAUAAGAAAAAUAAAAUAUAUAAAAAAUCACGAUUCGCGACUUACUACUAUACGUCUUAUUCGCAGCACUAAAUACUCAAUUAAUAUUAAUCAUUAUCGUUGUCAUUAUAAUUAUUAUCAUUAAUUUAAUUUAAUUUUCUUUUUUUUUAAUUUAUUAUUAUUAUUAUAAAUGUUUUGUCACUUUUUUUUAAAUUUUUUGUCGGGCAAGACGUUUUGUUGUGAGACUGUAAUUAUUAACGUAUACGUUCUCGGCGCUCAAGUCGUCAUGACUUAAUUUUAGGACAACAUAAUCCCUUUACAUUGUCGCGUACCCGACGGUUUGAAACAUCAUGACCCCUCCCCGAUCACACAUUAACCGUGUGCCCCCCCCCCCCGGGUAGUGACGCCUUUCAGUAUUUAUCAUUACUGUAGGCCGAGCUGGAUGUAUUAUCAUCGUUGCACAUCAAACGCGUUCAGACUAUACAGAGGACGGUUCGACAGCGACACGGGUGUCGAGAAUAAAUUGAGUUAAAUGAAUAAAAUUUAAAAAAAUGAAUAUCCGUUAAGCCCGGUGUUUUUUGUUUUUUUUUAAGUAUAAGUUUAUAUAUUAUGCAUUAUUAAUCAUCUCACGAUAAUCACAAUUGUUUUUUUUUUUUUUUAUUUAUAAACUAAACGACGCGACACCAAGCAUAAUUUAUCCAUAUUAGUGUGGAAUUUCAAAAUUAAAUAUUUAAACUGUACAAGUAUAUACCGACGGUGUUCGGUAAGCGAUUCGCACAGUUCACCAAAAAUUCUACCUAAUUAAUAAUAGUAUUACAUUUUUGAUAAUGAUUUCUCAGGUCCGUCUCGUCUCUGAUGGGCAGGGUUUUCUUUUUGGGCUUCCAUUGGGUGUCCGACAAAGAGUUAUGAUAAUAUUAACAAUAAUAAUAUAGAGUUGAUUGCUUGCGAAUAUAAUUUUUUUUUUUUAUUAUUAUAUUAUAUAUUUUAAUAACGGUUUGUAACAUACGAAAUAGUUGUGUUGUUGUUGGACAAUGUUAUUAUAGUAAUAUAUGUUUACCGAUGAGUGUUUUAUUGGAGAAAAAAAAGAGAAAUAAUUUUGAAUAUUUUACGUGUAGUUGAUUUUUUCAUUUUGAUGACUGUGAUUUGUAUAGUUAAGUAGGCAAUUAAAAAUAAAAAAAUUAUUAUAUAUUAUAUUAUAUGAAUAU